AUGGACAUAGACAAACCGGUUGACAGCAACUUCACGAAAGCAUUACCUAAGAUUGAGGUUCAUGCCCAUCUCAGCGGGAGCAUCAGUCGCCAGUGCCUCCAUGAGAUAUGGGCACGCAAGAAAGCGAGCGAUCCCAAUUUUGCAAUUGAGGAUCCUCUCACCUUGAUGCCCCCAGGAAAAGUGGACUACACACUACAAACCUUUUUCCAAGUAUUCUCAAAACUAAUAUACCAACUAUGCGACGAUCUCGAGAGCCUAAUAUACGCCACAAACUGCGUUCUAGAAGACUUCCUCAACGACGGAGUCCGAUACCUAGAACUCCGCACAAUACCCCGCGCCUCACCAACCACCAACAUCACAAAAGAAGAUUACCUCAACACAAUCCUAACAACAAUAGCAACAUUUAAAUCAAACCCGAGCCACAAAGAUCUCUCAGUAUUCCUCAUACUAGCUCUAGAUCGCGGCAAUACAUCGGAGUCUGAAGCAAGAGAAAUAGUCGACCUAGCCAUCUCCAACAAAGAACGUGGGGUAGUCGGUGUCGACUUAUGCGGCAACCCAACGCAAGGUGAUGUCACGAUAUACCGUGGCGUAUUCGCUCAUGCAAAGGCGCAUGGGCUUGGCCUAACGCUGCACUUCGCCGAGACACCGGCCUCGGGUCAACGGGAGGAAUUGCUGGCUUUGCUUUCUUUUUUGCCUGAUCGGUUGGGCCAUGUUAUUCAUGUGCCUGAUGAUGUGAAAGGGGAGAUUGUGAGAAGGGGGCUUGGGCUUGAGCUCUGCAUGUCUUGUAAUGUGCAUGCGAGGUUGAUUGAGGGUGGGUUUUUGGAUCAUCAUUUUGGGUACUGGAGGCAUGAAGAUUGUCCGAUUGCUUUAUGUACGGAUGAUGUGGGCUUCUUUUGUAGUGCUGUCUCUAAUGAGUAUAUGCUUGCUGCGGAACAUUUUGGGUUGAAUCGUGCCGAUUUGGUGAAUUUGUCUUGUAAGUCUGUGGAUAUGAUUUUUGGUGGUGAUGCGGAGAAGGAGAGACUACGU